AUGACUGGACUGCCCUUGGACACAGCGUGCUCUGCUCGGCUCCUGCAGCGGUUCGGCCCAGAGCCGGCGCGGAGUGGGCUCGCAGCCCCAGGCCGAAGCCUCGCGGCGGGGCCUCCGGGAAGGGAAGGACCGCGGAUAGAGAGGAAGCGGCGGCGCCAGCAGCCGGCCCGGCCGGCCCCGGCCCCCGAGCGCCUCCCGACGCCGCUCACCCGACCCCACCGCGGCCGCUCCGCACUCCGGCCCCCUGCAGCUGCAGCCCCAGCUCCGGCCCCGCGCCGCCGCCCACUGCCGCCUCCGGCCGUCCCUCCGCGCGCUGCCAUAGAGACCGCGGCCCGGGCGGCCCCGCCCCACAGAGCCCCGCAGGUGCGGGGCGGCCCCAUCGGCGGCGCUGCCAGACUCCCCCUGCGGCCCGCGGGCGCGGACGAACGGAGGCUCGCCGGUCCCGGAUCCCCUCCGCCCCCUCGGUGCCGCCCGGCCCGUCCAAGGGGCCCGCGAGGACCGGCACAGCCCUCCCUGCGGCGGUUACCGGCCGCUGCCGGCGGGGCCCGCAGAAAGCGCCCGCACCAACGCCCGCACCCUGCGAGCUCCGCGCUCCCGCCGACGCCCCGCACCUCCUCAGCCGGGCAGCGCCGCCCCCGCCGGCGGCGGAAACGCGUCCAUCACACGGCGGAAGGGGCGGGGCCGGCGGCGGAGACCCGCGUGCGGGCGGGCGGAAGUGGCGGUGUGGAGCAGAGGUGCUUCCGGUAG